UCCUUCUAAGAGAUGACUGGAAUUUCUCGACUGAAUGAGAUGGUCGUUUUGACGUUCUCUCUCCUUUCUUGCUCUUUAUUUCCACUCCCAUCCUCCGGUCCUCCUCACGCCUGCUCUUCCCUCCCUGCUCUGCACCGGUUUCUUCUUUGGCAUCUACCUCGGGUUUGUGUGAGCCACAGGGAAAGGCAGCGCUCUCGAGGGACACUCCUCUCUGUCUUUCUUUUUCCCCUCCUCUCUGCUCCGGCGAGGCUCAUUCUUAAUCAUGAAGGAGGACAGUUUAGCCCAAUCUGAAGAAGCCUAAUUUUCUUGCUUUAGCUAAUAAGCUUAGUCUGUGCUGAGCAGCUUUCAGCUCUGCAGCUUGUUGUUAGUGGAGCAGAGCAGUAACUCCUCUGCGUGCUGACCGGGACAACCUCUGCUUGUGUCGGCACUGCGGAUGGGACGUCUCCCCCUCUGCUGCCUCUCCCUGUAGCUACCUGACUCUUUAUGUUUGCUUUGAAGUGCUGAAGAGCCACUUUUAUUGCUAUUUUCCACCAGAGAAAGCCUUCUCUUCUUCGUCCCUUUCCCUUAUAAUCUCCUAGUCUUUGCCAAAAUGUACCGGAAUCCUUGGAUCUCCAAUUACCUGAGUCAUGUCAAGUUCUGCAGCCAAGGACUUGGGAGUGAGACCCCAGCCAAGGUCAGCAAUCCCAGGUUACUGCAGAAAAGGGCGCUCAGCUUCCAGAAGGAAUUCUCAUUUGACGAAAAAGACAAUCCAGCCAAAAGCGCCAAGGAUAUAGAUGUGUGCAUUGCAGCCAAUCUUCCCAAAGUGUCUGAAUUAAGGAAACGGUUUGAAGGCAAAUCCACAAGUGCAAGUGACUGGGAAAUGAAUAGAAAGGAGAGAAUUACUCGAAGGAUGGAGGGCAUUGAGGGCGAGGUGCAUCCAUCCCUACUGCCAAGCUUGGUAUCAAACCGGCUUUUGGAGGAGGACAUUCCAAGAUACACCAGGGCAUCUGACCCAGAGCCUUGCGUUGUCCAGCAGUGCAGUAUGGAAGGAGUUGAAACUCCAGACAUGCUGCUGAAGUCUUCGAACCAACAGCUGAGAGCUCAACGAAGGGCAGAACUUCAGUCUAGCAUCCAAAUGGAGCCCACCUACAGUUCAGUUACCACCACUGCCCCGGAGUCUAAGGCCGAACGCAUCGCUCGCUACAAGGCAGAGCGCCGCCGACAACUGGCUGAGCGCUAUGGCAUCUCUUUGGACCACGAGCCCAACUUGGAUCAUCCAUCUCACUACAGCCGAGCCCGAAAGGAAUCAGAUGAUUCUGGAUGUCGAAUCAUAGGGGAAUCGUUAAAAGACAAAGGUAUGGAUAUUGUCCUGAGUGCUAACAGCAGCUCUGCCUUCUCCAACCAGAGAGCGCGAGGGUCAGCCUGGCCAGAAACCCCCCCCAGCUCCGCUUACGCUAGCCGAUUUAGGACUGAUUCACUCUCGGAGAGAGAGAGGCUCAUGAACUUGGAAAACCAACGCCAGUUUGCUCCGACUGAGUCCCUGUCUUCCUCAUCAUACAUGGAUGUCACUUCACUGUCCUCCUCUGCCAGAGUGCCUGCCAAGGAACAUACAGUCGCAUCUAUCCCAACCAACUCCCCCAAAAUGAACAGACUCUCAUCCCUCAGCUCACCAAAACAUGGAGUAACUUCAGGGGAUCUGUUCAUUGAGCAGCAAGCCCGCAAUGUGAUCAGCAGACAGGGCACAAGACCCAAACUUAGCACUGAUUGGUUUCUCCAGACCGAUGCAGAAGGCAACACCCACUCCCUCAUCAACUGGCCAUCAAGAAUAAAAGUUAGGGAGAGGCUCGCCAGAGACGAAGGACACCAAAAAAAUCUGGACCUGUCAAAUGUGAUGGAGGCCCCGGUUUACCGCAGACAGCUUCAGCAUCCCCAGGUCUCUGUAUGCCUCCACAGAGACCCGCCAGGACCCCAGCAGGCCUUCACCCAUUUCCAUCACCAGCAACAUGCUUCUCUGAGCCCAGCUGCUCACCAUGGAGAUCAAGACAUUGGCAGUUAUCCGAGCUACUUGUCCAUGACCUCUGAUCCUACAUCCAGAGUUGUGCAGCAGCAAGUUCAGAAGGAUGAGAGUGGGGAGUUUGAGGAUGGCAAAACACCGGGUCUUUUAAGGAGUAGAAAAGCAGUCCUGCCUUCAGAAAUUCGUCGCAGGGAGAGGAGCACAGAGGAUCCACACAGAGGGAGAGGGGAGGAGGGGAUGGGGAGGCCCAGGGUGCAAAAUCUGGCUAAAGAAACUGCCGCAGAGGAAGGCUCAAGAGGCAAAGCCAGGAGGGAUGAAGCUAAGACAAUUUCCCAUCAGGCGGCAGCAGACAGCCGACCUCGAGAGAGAUUCAUUCAGCCCAGAACCCCCCAUGCUGAGUAUGGGAAGCCCUCCUCCAGGACAGUCAUGAGGAGCUCCGUCUCAGAGGCUGCGGAUCCAGAGGGGUUAGCCAGGAGCUCUGCAUGGGACACUGGAAAGGUCAGAGAGGGUUCCUUUACCAGAGAGAGUCAACAGGACAGCCGGGUGUCCAUUGCUCAGCUCAGGAGUUCCUAUUUGGAGAGCGCCACGACUCCUCCAAGCCGACGCAAACAUGAGCUUGACUUUAAGCAGGACAAGGAAUCAAUGGGUUUCCAAGCCCCAUGGAGAACUGAAAGAGAGAGGGGGCACAAGCCUCUACAGUUCAUUAGUCUUGGGGAGAAGACCUCAGAGAGGUUUAGGAUGCAGCCCAUCACUUCAGCUGAACGCCAGGAGCCACAUAGGUCUUGUGUGAGUUCAGACUUUGCGUCAUCAGAGGCUGAUGAAGAGAAACUAGAUGAGCGUGCCAAGCUGAGUGUCGCAGCCAAGCGCUCUCUCUUCAGAGAGCUGGAGAAAAGCAUAGAUGGUGGACUUCCUAAACCUCGGUCCAGGAACGCAGCAGUGGACAGAAGGCUAAGACGGACCCAAGACCGAUCCAGAACCCAGCCGGUCACCACUGAGGAAGUAGUCAUAGCUGCAACUGUCUCUUUGCAUGUGCCUCACAUGGUGGUUGUUCACCCUGCUGUUUGUCACGCCUCUAGCCCCACCCAAAUUUGCAGUGCCGCCCCUCCUUACAGCCUGCAGGCGUCUUUGCAGAAGACCUCCAACUCACGGAUACAGGCGGCACAGGAGAUCCAGCAGGCACAGGACUCCCAGGAAACCCGGGGCUCCAAGCAGGUUUCCGCAAUGGAUGGAAAUGUUGAGAAGGAGAGACAGGAGGAGGAGGAGCCUGACCUGUGUUCCCUGAGCCUAGCAGAAAAGAUGGCUCUGUUCAAUCGACUCGCUCAGCCUCCAAUUAGAGUCACUCGGACCAGAGGAGACUCACGCCAGCGUCGAGCCAACACCCGAUACCAGACGCAGCCCAUCACUUUGGGAGACAUGGAACAGGAGUUCUCAGACUUCAGUGAAGAACCUGAACUGAGUGAAAGCCCAGUCCAACACUUCCAACUUCAGAACGGACACCUCCACUCUCCGUCCCCCUCCUCAGUCCGAGCAGGAGGCACAGUCUCCACCGACCACGCAGGGGACAUCCACAUCACCAAGGCCCAGGAGGGGCCCACCCCUCACAGCAAUAACAAGCCUCUGCUACCAAAGCACACAGCUGAUCUGAGCGCGGGGAAGAGGAAGCUGCCCUCUCCCGAGAGAGCGGCCAGGCAGACCGCUCUACCACAGCCCCUCUCAGGAAGAGAGAGGUGGAGAGAACAGGAGGAGGAAGAGAGGGAGGAGCCUCAGUGGCCGGCAAAAGAGGAAGAUGAGGGAGCUUUGGAGAGCUUAGAGUGCCACAAGCUCCAGGAGAAGCAGGAGCAAAGAGGCUUUCUGAGGGAGGGACGACAAACAGAGCGCCACAGGAGCAGAACCAUCAAUGGAGAGCUCGGGGAGUCCGUGGUUGUAGCAUCCAGAGAAACCUGCGGCUCCCCCAGGAGUGAAAGUCGCCCUGCCGCCCCCCAACACCCAGACGGCCCAGUUGAGCCUGAGCAGGAAGACGAGCUGAACGGCGUGCUGAUGGCCCGACACAUGUCCAUCAAAGACAGAGUUGCUUUGCUGAAGAAGAGCGGUGAUGAAGACUGGAGGUAUAGGAUCCAUAAGAAGCAGGAAGUGGUGAAGGCUGCCCUGGAAGAGCAUGAGAGUCAGCUGUGGGAGAUGGAGCAGAGCUUCAAGAAGAAGGAACUCAUUUUUGCUGCAACAGACCCUUCUGCCCAUCUUUUUCUUGAAGAUUCAGCUAGUCAGGAAGCCUGCUCUUCCAGACCCAUGCAGGAUGAAAGACACCCAUGGAGACGGAAGAGAAUAGCAGAUGAAGAAAUGGAGAGUCAGAGGAUGGAGACACAAAUGUCCAUCCAAGAAAGGAAGCAGCAGAUCGAAGCCCAAGAGGAGGCCUGGAAGAGCAAAGGCCUCGGCGCUGCCAAUGACUCCACCCAGUUCACUGUAGCUGCACGCAUGGUGAAGAAAGGUUUGGCGUCUCCCUCUGCUUUCCACUCUCUGGUCAUCUCUAAAUCCAAGAAUGGCAGCCUUGCCAUCUCCAAACCACAGGAAGAGAUCAAAGCCAUGCCAGACCUGAACCUGGAGUCAGACCUACGGCUGGAUAAACUCGAGUCUUUUCUUGGUAGACUCAACAGUAAGGUGUGUGCACUGCCAGAAUCCACCAUUACUGUGACGGAGAAGAAGGUGAAGGAGGUAAUGAACCUCGAGGAUGAAACCUUCUCCAAAUUCUACCCUCACACGGACGACCUUCCUGCCAAUGCUAACAAGGUGGAAAUAGACGAUGACUUUGAUGCCAUUUUUGACCCCAGGGUGCCAAAGCUGGCUUCAGCAAUGGAGCAGCACAAGCGGGCGGUGCGUCCGACGCGUAACGUGCGGUCAUCCAGGAACCCUCUUAAGACGCUGGCUGCCAGGGAAGACAUCAGACACGAGUACACAGAGCAGAGGCUCAACAUCGGCUUGCUGGAGAGCAAACGGAUGAAGGCGGAGAAGAUGAAUAAGACCUCCAGUUUCUCUGAAGCAGCUCUGGCCGGUCUGGCCAGUAAGGAGAACUUCAGCGGCGUGAGCCUGCGCAGCGUCAGCGAGUCGGAGCAGACGUCCAACAACAGCGCCGUGCCUUACAAGAAGCUCAUGCUUCUGCAGGUCAAAGGCCGACGGCACGUCCAGACCAGGCUGGUAGAGCCCAGAUCAGCUUCUCUGAACAGUGGCGACUGCUUUCUGCUCAUCACUCCGCAUCACUGCUUCCUCUGGAUCGGGGAGUUUGCUAACGUGAUCGAGAAGAACAAGGCGUCUGAGUUGGCCAACUUCAUCCAGGCCAAAAGAGAUUUGGGUUGCCGGGCCACCAUUGUCCAGGUGGUUGAGGAGGGUGUGAACUCCUACAGCAACUCCGUCAAGGAGUUCUGGAAGAUUCUUGGGGGACAGUCCAGUUAUCAGUUGGCUGGAACUCCUGAUGAAGACGAGCUGUACGAGGGCGCCAUCGUGGAGACCAACUGCAUUUACCGCCUGAUGGACAACAAGCUGGUCCCUGAUGAUGAUUUUUGGGCAAAGUUGCCGCGUUGUUCGCUGCUCAGACCGAAGGAGGUUCUGGUUUUUGAUUUUGGCAGUGAGAUGUAUAUUUGGCACGGGAAGGAAGUGACUCUAGCCCAGAGGAAGGUGGCCUUUCAGCUGGCUAAGCAUCUGUGGAAUGGCACAUUCGACUACACAAACUGUGACAUCAACCCACUGGACCCAGGGGAGUGCAACCCACUCAUACCAAAAAAAGGUCAGGGUCGACCUGACUGGGCUGUGUUUGGCAGACUGACUCAGCACAACGAGACCACCCUGUUCAAGGAGAAGUUCCAGGACUGGAGCGACUCCAGGAGGACACCCAGUCCCCCCACAGACAGCGAGCAGCUCCCAGAUGCGAAGGAUCCGCCCACCUCUGUCCAAUCCCACGCACACAUCGCGUCUCUGAUGCUCUCCCCACACCUGGAGCCCGUCUGCACCAAGCUUGAUGGCUUUAACGUGGGGCGUGGCUAUGGUCUGGUGGAGGCGGAGGAGUGGAGGAGCUACGAGGUCAGCACUCUGGGGGUGGAGGUGUGGCACAUCCUGGAGUUUGACUACAGCCGCUUACCUGGGCAGAGCGUUGGGCAGUUCCAUGACGGGGACACUUAUGUGGUGAAGUGGAAGUACAUGGUUAGCGCUGCAGUCGGGAAGAGACAGAACCCCGAUCAGCUGAAGACGGCGGGACCCGGGAAGGAGAAGUGCUGUUAUUUCUUCUGGCAGGGCCGUAACUCCACUAUCAGUGAGAAAGGGACGUCUGCGCUCAUGACGGUGGAGCUGGAUGAGGAGCGGGGCGCACAGGUUCAGGUCCAGCAGGGGAAGGAGCCGCCAUGUUUCCUGCAGUGUUUCAAAGGAGGGAUGGUCGUCCACUCUGGAAAAAGAGAGGAGGAGGAGGAGGAGGAGAACCUGCAAAAUGACUGGCGUCUGUACUGCGUGCGAGGGGAGGUGACGGUGGAGGGCCAUCUGCUGGAGGUGGUCUGUCACUGCAGCAGUCUGCGCUCCAGAGUCUCCAUGGUGCUGCUGAACGGCCGCCAGGCUCUCAUCUACCUGUGGCACGGGUGCAAAUCUCAGAAGCACACUCAGGAGGUGGCGCGCACCGCCGCCAACAAACUCAAAGAAGAUUGUCCUCUGGAAGCAGGCCUCCACAGCAGCAGCAGAGUGACCAUCCGAGAAUGCCACGAAGGAGCAGAACCAGCGGGAUUCUGGGAAGCUCUCGGGAGGAGGGACAGGAAGGCGUAUGACUGCAUGUUGCAGGAUCCUGGCAGGUUUAACUUCACGCCUCGUCUGUACCAGCUGAGCAGCAGCUCAGGGGAGUUUGCAGUUGUGGAGUAUCUGUACCCCUCCCGAGAGCCUGAGAUGGUCAACUCCAUGCCCUUCCUGCAGGAGGACCUGUACGCAACCUGCCAGCCAGCUCUGUUCCUGGUGGACAACCAUCAUGAGGUGUACCUGUGGCAGGGCUGGUGGCCACAGGACAGCGAGAGCACGGGCUCAGCUCGCAUCCGCUGGGACUCUGACAGGAAGUGCGCCAUGGAGACGGUGCUGCAGUACUGCCGAGAAAAAAAUGAGAAGAAGCCGCCAAAAGCAUAUCUGAUCCACGCCGGUCUGGAGCCGCUCACCUUCACUAACAUGUUCCCCUGCUGGGAGCACAGAGAGGACGUGGCAGAGAUCACAGAGAGGGAGGCAGAGGUGUGUAACCAGAUCAUCCUGGUGGAAGAGGUGCUGGCCCGGCUCUGUAAGAGUUCGUACCCGCUGGAGGAGCUGCUGGCCCGGCCGCUGCCUCAGGGAGUCGACCCUCUUCGUCUGGAAAUCUACCUGUCUGAUGAAGACUUUGAAGGUGACGGGGCUUGUGGGAAGAGAGCCUUGGAGAUGAGCAGGGAGGAGUACGGAGCUUUGCCUGGAUGGAAGCAGGUGAAGUUGAAGAAAGCCAAAGGACUUUUCUGAACUUUUAAAGACCACAGCAGAAUGUGGCUCUCACGCAUGCAGAGGCUCAGGGGUGGCCCCCUCUGAGUCGGAGCCUUCAGUGGACAAAUGACCAGCAGUAUCCAUCAGAGCUGCAGAUCAUCCAAUGACGUCUUCAUCCCCUGUUUGCCAGAAUGCUAUUUUUAAGGUCCUCUGCUGAUGUCUGUACAUAUGUAUCAUAGAUUUUCUCCACUUCGCACGCAGCAGCAGGUUGGUCAGCCUGCUGGAUGGUCAGCUGUCUCUGCUGCACAUGUAUGUUUAUGACAAAUAAUGUGUAUUUUUAAGAAAGCCACAGAGGAAAAGGAACACGUUUGUGUCCAAAGGUUGGUUUCUGUUCAGAACUGGAAGUUGGUAUAUAAGCUAGAAUGUACAGAUUUGCCACCAAAGCAGAAAACACACCUAUGUGAGCGUAGCACCUUCAAUGUAUAGUGCCUUGUUCUGUGUACAGUUUAUAUACAGAUCCUAGUCUGCAUUUUCAAGACUCUUUUUGUGAUAUAAAGAAACUUUAGAAAAAUAAACUGCAUAUGUUUGAAAUCGCUGCU